CUCCGGGAGCCAGCGGGGAAGAAAGAAGCCGAGCGGGCGGAAGGCGCCCUCCCUGCCGCCUGGGCCCGGGCACCGGGUGCCGGGCCCGGGGUCCUUCCCGCCUCCCGCGGCCGCCGGCCGCUUUGUUUCCCCAGCCUCUGCGCUCUGGGCAACUCAAGAGGGGCUCGCGCCUGGGCUGCACAGGGAUCGCGGCGGCAGGAAGGGCGGCAGACCGCGCCGGGACUCGCAGGGACCCAGGAGUCCGGCCGCCAGGAGGGCCGCGUGACGAGAUCGAAGAGGGAGCCGGAGCCCCGCGGCCCAGGGGUGCGGGCCGGGGGCGCCCGUGAGCAGAGACCUCCCCGUCGAGGGGGGGCGAUGUUCCCCUCGCCCGUGGGCUCUUCGGGCAGCCAGGGCAUCCCGCCGCUGGGACCAGGGCCCCCGCAGUGGGCACCCCCCCGGGUGGUUCCAUGGAGACUCUGUGCCCCGCUCCCCGCCUCGCAGUGCCGGCGUCCCCGCGAGGGUCGCCCUGCUCCCCCACACCCCGGAAGACGCGUCGGGGGACCCAGGAGUUCUCUCCGCUGUGCCUGCGUGCCCUUGCCUUCUGCGCCCUUGCCAAACCCCGGGCGUCCUCUCUGGACCUGGGGCCUGGGGAGCUGGCGCCGCGGGCUCCGGUGCUGCUGGACCCUCAUGCCCCCCUGUGCACCGGCGGCUGGGCCCCGGAUGGCCUGAAGCACCUCGCGGGACAGGCCUGGCGUUACAGCGAUCCCAACUCCCCGGCCAGCCAGGAUGCCGACGCCGCUGUGUGCCGGGGCCGCGGCGAGGAGGAAGAGGGCGGAGGCAGUUUCCCGCACUUCGGCGCUCGCUCCGGCGUACCUCCCGGCCGCUGCCCGGCGCCCCGGCGCCCUCGGGAAUCUCCGACCAGCUCCGUCUCGGCUCCGCCUAGGCCAGCCCCCGGUCUCGACUCCCAGCCUGGCCCCGCCGCCAGCCCGCAUCAGGAACCGGGUUCCCGGCCUCCGCCGCCACCUGCGGGCCUCUCCUCUGAGCCCGCGGGGCCCGGGACAGCGCCGGAGCCGCCCCCGCCGAGCCAGACUGCCGCAGUCGAUGGAAACCCCCCGAAGGCCGCCCCCGAGGCAACGGCCGCCAGCCCCUCGACGGCCAGCGAAGCUCCGGCGGCGCCCGGCGAUCUCCGCCAGGAACAUUUCGAUCGUCUGAUCCGCCGCUCGAAACUUUGGUGUUACGCGAAGGGCUUCGCCCUCGACACUCCGAGUUUGCGCCGGGGGCCCGAGCGGCCCCCAGCCAAAGGGCCCUCCCGGGGAGCCGCCAAGAAACGCCGGCGGCCGACGCCCCCCCAACGCAGCGCACAGCCCCGCCGUCCUGCACCGACGCUCCCCACCACGAGCACCUUCAGCCUCCUCGACUGCUUCCCCUGCCCCCCGGCCCUGGUGGUGGGGGAGGACGGAGACUUAGGGCCGGCAUCCUCGCUUCGUCUCCAGGGAGACUCUAAGCCCCCGCCUGCCCACCCGCUGUGGAGGUGGCAGAUUGGGGGUCCCGCUGUCCCUGAGCCCCCCGGCCUCAAAUUCUGGGGGAUCAACCUGGAGCAGCUCUGAGCGUGAGACCUCUUCUGCCAAAGGGGAAAAGUGGGGGCCACAGCCAAACUGCGAGCUUGAGGACAGAGCCUCAUUUCUCACCUUUGCCUGUCCUCUUCAGGUUUUAUGGGCUGUGGUCAGAGGGACCUCAAAUGACAGUGAUCUUCAAGCACCUAACUGGUUGGGGUGACACCCCCUCCCCCUCAUCCUUUGGAGACGAACCAAGGGCUGGAGUCAGGAGAAGGCUUAAUCGAAAAAGGCUUAAAGACAUAGAUUCCAAUCCCUCGCCUCUUCCAUCUCGGAUCUCUGGGGGCAGGGCCUUCACCCCAGGGGGAGCCGAGGAGGCUACAGCUCAAAGACAAGGAAAAAAAAAGAGGGAGAGAGACCUUGGUGAUGGACAAACCGGUUGUUUCUGUGGGCGAGCCUGGGGAUUGGGGUGGGGGGGCCCUGGUGGGGGUGGGGAGAUGAUUGGCAGCUCCCGGGGGCAUCCCCCACCCGCACCAUCCAGGCCUUUAACCCUUCACUCCCCUCGGGCCUUCCCUAGUCUCCGGGCACCACUGCAUCCUCCAUGGGGGAGGGAGCAGCUUAGGCAAGGGGGAGAUCACCCCCUUCCGGUUCUUUUCCUAGGGACCCCCAAGUCAAGUGACCCCUAGUUACCGAGAUAUUCAUUCUCAGCCACCAACCUUUCCCCUUUGUCCAGUUUUGGGGUUUGCCUCUCCAGUAUUCCCCGUUUGCUUUCAGGUUAUAAGGUCUUUUCUUUCAUCCGCCCCAUAAGUCAGCCCCCUCUGCCAGUUUACUCCUUAUAUUUGGAGGCGCAGGGCUGAGGGACCUCCUCCCCUUCAAAAAUGCAGACUUUGUCUGGGGAAGGGGCCAGAGACCAUCCCAGGGAAAGUAAUGGAAGGUGGAAGAAAUCAAUAAAAUCAGACCAAACAAGUUGCCUUUCCAGGUCCUCGCCACCGGUUUAAGGAUGGAGGGUGUGGAGGUAGAGGGCAGGCCAGGGUCCAUUCUUUGAACACCCAAACUGAGACCCCUUCAAGGCUAGAAAGAAGACAAGCUGCUCUUUGUGGAGGGGGUAAAUGAAAGGACUCUUGGCCUAACCACAAGGUCCAGUGGGUUUUGAAGGGAACUGGGCUGAGGAACCUUUAGCAUCCUCCCCCCACCCAACUUCAGGCAUUUCGGGAGUUGUCAGGGACCUGAUGGAUCCGAAAGGGGCAGGGCCAGGGGAUUAGUUUUGAGGUCAGAAGUUCUGUUUUCCUGGGGGAGGGGAGUGAGUCAGAGGGGAGUGGAAUUGCUUUCUCCUCCACCCAGGUGAGGUCUGGGGAGUUUAGCUCUUAGGGAAAUUCCAAGUUUAGGUGUGAGGGGAACCUGGGGGUUGCCGAUCUUCCCAACAACUGAGGGACCCAGUGACCCUUCUGCCCACACUAGUGAAUAUCACCCCCUUUUCCCCCAAGACGGGACAAGGGAGGAACAAUUCCCACAUAUGAUACUGGGGAAGGACUUGUCUCCUUUUCUGUGAAAAUGCUUUGUAAAAAGUUGUUAAUGUUUGCAUAGAGCAGAUUCUCGAGAAAAACUGUUUUGGACC